UGACAAUGACAGUUCAAUUGACAAUUAUUGUUUGUUUUCCCUUUUAUUUAUUUAUUAUUAUUUUGCAACAAUUUACAGUUUUAUUCAGUUCUCUGCAAUCCAUGAUAUUGUUUGGUAGUUUCCAACCUGACCGUAUAUUUAUUACGUGAUAUUAUGGACAAGGGACGUUUUUCUUUGCUGCUCUUGGAUCCGGGCGAAAUCUACUUUGAAGAUUUCAGUAGCACUUUUAUUCCACCGGACGCGACGAGAAAAUCCUACGAUGUAAAGCGUCAAGAGGGCCGAUUAAAAAUGUGUUCGAAGUCACUGGUGUUUGAGCCAAAAGACUUCUCAAAACCAUUAAUAAAAAUUCCUUUAAAGGAGUGUAUAGUAAUUGAACAGUGGAAGGGAAGCACUUCAUUUAUCGAAAGUAGGAACGCUUUAAGUAUAAACUGUAAGGAAUACAUUGAGAUGCUUGAGGGAAAUGUUAUUGCACCAUAUCAGUUUAAAGAGUCUGCAAACUUUUUGUUUUUAUUGAAUUAUGCCAGUAUUGGAAAUUGUUUGACUAUGAUUUCUCAGUUGCAUAGGGCUAGCACUUUGCCACAGGCUGAACAAUCUCAUAUGAUUGACGCUAUAGUACAUUCAAGACACUCCAGAGUAUCGUUUGAUCCACUUUGGCUUGACCUAUAUGAAAAAAUUGUCAUUGAAACCCAGGCAGAUAAAAUUUGUCCCCUGAACAUCAACCCUGGUAGAUGUGUCCUUUCUACAGUCAGACUCUAUUUUCAACCUUUUAACAAUAUUGAAACAUAUCCUGUUAUAAAAAUUAAUUUGAACAGUAUUAAGAGGAUUGUUAAAAGAAGAUUCUUAUUAAGGCAUAUUGGGUUGGAAAUUUAUGCUCAUGAAAACCACAUAUAUCUGUCUUUGCCCACUCAAUCAGAGAGAGACAGUCUGUAUGAAAAACUGCUGGAUCAACCUGAAUUAAAAUUGGAUAAUCUUGAGCAAAAUGUUAUUACCUUACAGUGGCAGAAUGGUAUUAUAUCAAAUUAUGAUUAUUUGUCAUAUAUUAACAGUUUAGGUGAUAGAACUGUAAAUGACCUAACUCAAUAUCCAGUAUUCCCAUGGGUAAUUACCAACUAUACUGACACACAGUUAGAUUUAAAUGACCAGAAAAAUUAUCGGGAUUUGUCUAAGCCAGUUGGAGCAUUAAAUCCUGAUAGAUUAACUCGCCUUUUAGAUAGGUACAAUGAAAUGGCAGAGCCAAAAUUUAUUUACGGCUCUCACUAUUCAACCCCUGGUUUUGUUCUCUACUAUUUAGCGAGAUUAUACCCUCAUUAUGUCCUUUGCAUGCAGGGGGGUCGUUUCGACCAUCCGGAUCGCAUGUUUAACUCUUUGGCGGAUGCUUUUAAGAAUUGCUUUAGUAAUAUGUCGGAUUUUAAAGAGUUAAUUCCGGAAUUUUACGAUACUACACAAGAAGGUAAAUUCCUAGUAAAUAGUCUUGGUAUAAACUUCGGGCUUCGGCAUAAUAACACAAAAGUAGGAGACGUGGAGCUGCCACCUUGGGCCGAAAAUCCGAAGCAUUUAGUGGAAACCUUAAAAACUGCCUUGGAAAGUGAUUACGUAUCGGCCAAUUUGCAUGGUUGGAUUGACCUGAUUUUCGGAUAUAAGCAGAAAGGAGAAGAGGCUAUUAGAGCGAACAAUCUGUUUUAUCAUUUAUGCUAUGAAGGGAAUGUAGAUUUGGACGCAAUAGAGGACCCAAACGAGAGGCACGCCUUAGAGGUGCAAAUAAUGGAAUUCGGGCAAAUCCCCAAACAGGUUUUUAAUGUACCGCAUCCAAAAAGAAAAGUUGGACCUCCUCUUUUGACCGAACCCUAUCAAAUUCAGGAAAGUCAUAACGAUCUCGGCUCAACAGUUAAAGACCCCUGGGCUUUCGCCACAGAUCUGACCCUCGUAACGAGUUUCAACAGCCAUAAAAACACCGUUAGUCACUUGAUUAUCAGCGAGGAUGGUACUAAAGUAACAUCUGUCGGUCACGACUCGAAAGUAAAAGUAUUUUCUUUAACUCAAAACCGGCAAACUAGAAGCGCUAAUGUGGGGAAAAUGCCUUUGAGUGGUUGUGUGCAAUUACCGGACACCAAUUUGCUUGUAAUUGGAAGCUGGGACAAUCAAUUACUCAUUUACGACAUGGAUUACGGACGAGUAACCACAGACGUAUUAGUACAUGAAGAUGCCAUCACGUGCCUCUCUUAUGGAAAAAUUUCGAACCUCCUUUUAUCAGGCAGCGGAGACUGCUCCGUUAAAGUUUGGAAGGGUUUAAACGCGAACACCAAAGACGUCAUUAUAGAGUGCUUAUUUAAACACUUGGAUCACAAUUCUGCGGUUCAGUAUGUCUGUUUCGAUCCUAAUGAUGCUCAUUUUGCUGUGGCAACCGAGGACGGAGAAAUCUACAUUUAUCAAACGCAAACUUUUAGUCUUUUUAAAAAAUACUCCGUACUAAAUUCAAAAAUCAACGCACUUCAUUACAGUCCGGAUGGACAAAAAUUGGCUGUGGGUGCGGAUAAUGGUAGCUUUCAAGUAUUGGAUGUUAACACGGGUAUGCCAGUAUUUAAUAAAACUUUUUCAACUAAAGUCUGCUCGUUAAAAUGGGAGAAUAAUCUAUUAGCUAUUGGGUGUGAAAAUGGCAUGCUAUCCGUAUGGAAUAUGUUUGAGGUGCGAGUAAUUUUAGAGCAUGAAGCGCAUUCUGGUGCAAUAAAAACUGUCGACAUAUCAAAAGAUCGAGCAAUCAUUGUAACUGGAAGUCAAGAUAAAACGAUCAAAGUGUGGGCGCCUAAUAAAGUAGUUUUAUAAUGUUAGUCGGUUUAGAUUAUGAAUAUGAAUUUAUUAUUAUAUGGCUUGAGAUGUAUUCUCAAUAGUUUUAUAUAACAACAAUAUUGUGAUAUUUUUCAUGACUUAAUGUUUAAUAUAGCAUUUUUAAUAAUUAA